GAUGCAUUACAGUAAGGGAAAUUAAACAAACACAUUAUCUCUCUCUCUCUCACACACACACACACACUCACACACAAGCCUGAGAAACGGACCAAAUACAAAUACACAGCACUCAUGGAGAACAAGUGGGAGACAUACGAGCAACAAAAAAUAUUGUUCAGUGGAAACCAUGAACAACUGCUUUGCUCUGAUCACAGUCUAGUAUUUAUUUGCAAGUUACCUGCAAGGGAAGGUUCCCAGUCAGUGGACAACCAGAAGCCUUUAAGGAUCAAACUCCCAGCACAGUGCAGUGCCCACCAGCUUCGUGUGCGGCUGUGUAUGCUAGCACAGGAAAGGAACAGAAUCCCUGAGCCAUUUGCACUUCUGGACCCAGAGAGAUACAGUCUGCUGUACUACAAGGAUGAAGAGUGGUAUGAAAUCUAUGAUGACUUUCAGGUAUUAAGAACUUUGGAUGCACCCUGGUUUCAGGGUACUGAUGGUCUGCAGAGUGUUUGCAUUAUCAUUUUGGCUCAGCAAAUUGCUUCUGAAGAAAGAAUAUGCUUCCAACAUGUUCUGAAUGACCUAAUCGGCUAUGAUUUGGACACCUCAGACACUAAUCGUUUAAGUGAGCUGAGCUUUACCCGAAGAAAGUUUGCCACACCACGAAGGAAGGAACUGAAAAACCGGGAUCCAAAAGCUUACGCCACAGAACCGUGGACAACUUCUACGCCACUACCUAAGGACCAAAAAGAGCAUCUUCAGUGGAAUGUGCCAGUGAAGCUUUAUUACUAUAGUUUGCAUCUUUUCAUUAAAGCUAACAUGAAACAUACCCCCAGUGAUCUACUCAAGAUAAUUUGGGAAUCACUGCCAAAGGUGGACCAGUCUUUUGAAACUUGGUCUGUUAACCAUGUCCUCAAGGUGUGUGGUAGAGAGGAAUUCUUGAGUGGGGCAUUCCAACUCUCAGACUUCCCGUGGGUCAGGCACUGCCUGAAGAACAUGUUGGAGCUCCAUCUCUCAGUGGUUCCUGUUUCAUCCAUUCUAGGUGACAAAGUGAGAAAAGAGUAUUGGCCUCUGGUGGAUAGUCCCACAGGCCUCUCCAGCUCCCAUGAGGAACUUUCCCUUACAGGGAAGGAAGUAGAGGAGAUUGUGAUGAUUUCCCUGUGGGACUGUGAGAGAAAAUUCAGGGUAAAACUUCUAGGGUUUGAUAUCCCAGAACUCCCAAGUAAAGUAUCUCAGUUUGUUUAUGUGGAAGCCACCAUAAUAUAUGGGAGCAAGGUUGUGUCAUCAGUUUGUUCAACUCCAAAAGAGUUUACAGAUGAAGUCCUGUGGAAUACUUGGCUGGAGUUUGAUAUUCUGAUCAGAGAUAUUCCUCAUGGAGCUAAAUUAGGCCUCACGAUUAAUGCCAGUACCAUGGAGGACAUGUCAUCAACCAAGGACACAAAGUCAAGCUCUUCUAAAGUGCCAGAUGACCAGAAGGGAAAAAAGAAAGUUCUAUAUUUUGUAAACCUCCAGUUGAUUGACCACAGAUGUCUUCUUUGCCAGGGCCCUCACACACUGCAUAUGUGGCCAUUCCCAGAAUGGGAUGAGGAGGUGUUCACUUAUGAAGCUGACAAGCUUUCUACCGCUACUAAUCCUGAUGUGGCCAAAUCUAUGGCAGUUACAUUUAUGUUGGAUCGCUACAGCUUUCCUGUUGUCCUGCCGCAUAGCAGGAGCUCCUCUGGAACUAUCUCCCCUGGUAGAUGUACAUCUGCUGUUUCAGACAUCUCCUCACCAACCCCCUCAGCAGAAUCCACACUCUCCUCUCCAUCUAAUGAGGUUCCUCAAAAAUCACCCUUGGGAAAAAAAGAUUGCCUGAGAAGGCUCAAAGAGGAAAGCAUCCACUAUGCUUCAAAUUUACCCCAGUUUCUUCGCACAGUGGACUGGAUGAAACCAAGUGCUGUCCAGGAUGUCCACUGGCUCUUGAGUCGCUGGGAACCAGAGGGCAUAGAGCUGCCUGUGGCCCUAGAGCUUCUGAACGUGGAUUACGCUGAUAUGAAGGUCAGAAGAUUGGCUGUUGAAAGGUUGGAGAUGCUGUCCAAUGAAGAGGUACUUAAGUACCUGCUGCAGCUGGUUCAGACCCUGAAAGUCGAGCCGUAUCAUGAUAGCUAUCUGGCACAAUUCCUCCUCAAAAGAGCACUAAGAAGCAAAAGAAUUGGGCAUUUCUUUUUCUGGUACUUGCGAAGUGAGGUAGCAGGAUGCCCAUUUUUUCGUCAGCGUAUGGCUAUCAUACUGGAGGCAUACUUGUUAGGUUGUGGAGAGUCAAUGCUGAUAGAAUUCCAGCAUCAAGUGCAAGUAGUGAAAUGCCUGCAUGAUGUGGCUCUAAAAGUGAAGACACUCUAUCCAGAUAAGACAGAUCUUCCACCAACAGCUCCUCAGAAACUGCAGGAGUUAUUGGAGGAGUGUAGUUUACCCUCUGACUUCCAGGUGCCUUUUGACCCCUGUCUCAGAGCAGGAAGUAUCAGACUAAAAGACUGUAAGGUGAUGGCAUCUAAGAAGAAACCACUUUGGAUUGAGUUCUCCUGCAUGGAGUCAGAAGCUCCAGCCUCUGCACCUGUAGGCAUCAUCUUUAAGCAUGGAGAUGACCUUAGACAGGAUAUGCUCAUUAUCCAGACGCUCAAGGUGAUGGAUUCAAUUUGGCAAGAAAAGGGUUUGGACCUAAACCUGGUGCCCUAUGGAUGCAUUUCAACAGGAUUUAACAUAGGUAUGAUUGAGAUUGUGCGAAAUGCAGUCACUAUUGCUUCUGUUCAGAAGAGUCAGGGAGGAAUGGCAGGGGCAUUCAAAAAUAAUGCCUUGUUUGACUGGCUUGGGAGGAAGUGUCCAUUCCAGGAAAAACACUUUCAAGCUAUGGAAAAGUUUGUGAACUCUUGCGCCGGUUACUGUGUGGCCACUUAUGUUCUGGGUAUAGGUGACCGCCACAAUGACAACAUUAUGAUCACUGAUGAAGGGAAUUUGUUUCACAUUGAUUUUGGGCAUAUCUUGGGCAACAAAAAAAGCUUCAUGGGGGUGAACAGAGAAAGGGUGCCCUUUGUCCUCACCCCUGACUUCCUCUUUGUCAUGGGAAGGGUGAAAGGCCGUCACAGCCUCUACUUCCAGAGAUUCAGAGACACUUGUAUCAAUGCGUAUCUGUCCCUCCGGUCUCAGUCCCGCCUGUUUGUCACGCUCUUCUCUCUUAUGCUGCUCACGGGAAUUCCUGAGCUCAGCACGUCACAGGACAUGCGCUACCUGCGGACUGCGCUGCAGCAGGAUCAAGGGGAGGAGGCGGCUCGUAAUCAUUUCCUGCAGCAAAUCUCCCUUUGUGAGCAGAAAGGUUGGACUGUGCAAGCAAACUGGUGGUUUCACAUGAUGGCUGGCAUUAAAUAGAAAAUAUGAGGAAACUACACCAUUUUUUGACAGAAAAUGCGAGUUAGAAUAGGGAAUGCAGCAGGGUUCAAAAGUCUGAGAAAACAUUAAUAAACUAGGAUUCAGAAACCUGGAAAUAAACAGACAGUUUUGGAAUUACAUUUUCUUUUAAAAAAUAAAACGUUGUGACAUAAAAUUAAUAAAAAAUAUUUAAAAUUUAAGAUUUCUAGAUAACUAAUAAAUGUAUGACACUGAAAUGUAAAACUCCUUUGUACAAUUUUAUUUUUAUUUUACAUAUUGUCAUUAAAGCAAAUGAUCUGUAAUUAAAAAUGUAUUAUCUGAAAAUCAGCAUAUAGUACCAAAUAGAAGCAUUUUCACUAUAGUGGUCUCAGAGUUUUGGACUCAGUUCAGCUUAAUGGAGUUCUAAACAAAGGUUCGGGAGGAGCUUGUGAAGUUAGUCCUGUCAAUCACAAUGCAAGUGCAAAUAAGCAGCUACUUACAUCACUCCCAUGAAAAUUCUUCUGACAUCCCUUAACUACCCCAACUCUCAACUUAGAGAGCUUAGAGAUCGAGCCCCUCCUUUAUGGACAGCAAGCCAAAUGUGUUUACCCAUAACAAUUUGUUACCAUUACCACUUCAAGGACUAGGUGGAUAUGCAAACUCGUGAAAUGCCAUUACGUUACAAAGGGGUAAGGGUUAGCAACAGCUGGCGGAAGAGGCGUCUUAAACUUGCAACAGAACUGUUUUUACCAUACAAACUACAUGGAGAAAGUUUUUGUUCAUUAUAAAUAAUAAACGUCAUUCUGUUUA